CCCAUACCAUCUGACUAUGUUUGGCAAGAUCAACUUCCCAUUCCAUAUAGACCGUUUAAACCAGUUUAUAAAAUGAAUCUAGGAAUAAAAUUCAUAUCCAUUGAUGAUUUGUUUUUAAUUGACAAUACCUACUUAACUACAAUCGACGAAAAAAAAACAUUAUUAUCAGAUCAAAAUCAUGUUAAUAGAACUAUCUUUUUUGAUAAAGAUGAUCCAGUCACAAUCCUAGCAAUAAAAGAGGCCUAUAACUAUAUUGUAAAUGUUUACUUACCAAAAAGAUUUCCAAAAUAUUUUCAAAUUCUUCCAAACGAAAAUCUUUUAUUUAAUAAGAUUACUAAUCACAAAAUCCCUUUAGACUCUUUAUAUUGCUUAAAUACAGACCAAAUAAACCAACUAUUAUUCGAUUUAUCUUUACAAAUUCAAGAAGAUUUAUUAUGGUUAAUAAAAGAUCCAGACAAUCAAAAUAUUCUGCCAGAAUUUAGAGAUGAGUAUGUUUUAAAAGCUGCCACUUGUUUGCUACCCUCCAGUUUUGAUCCGAGUGAAAAAUUUCUUAAAAACUUAACUGCAAUACAUGGCCCUGUUCCAAAAUAUUCUUUGUCAUUAAAAACUUCAAUGAAUAAAUUUUUUAAUAAUUUGAAAUUAAAUAAAAUUGUUCAAAGAAAUAACUGGUCUAUUCAACUAAAUUCAAAUUUUAACCAAAUAUCAAAACAAACUUCAAGAUUUGAUCAAUCAAGAUCUUCUUCUGAAAAGGAACUGCUAUCUGCUAAAAAUUUGGAUUUUUCAAAUGAUGUUUUUUUAAGAUCCGAAAGGCAGUGUUUAAUUAGAUUACCAAAAUCAAAUGCCGUUUUAUUUUCUAUUAGAUAUUAUAAAACUAGUUUAAAGCAAAUUAAAGAUGAAAAUCUUGGUAACGAUCUUGCAACUGCGAUUGAUGGCAUCUUCCCCGAAAUGGCUGCUUAUAAAAAUAGAGGUAGAUGGGGACAAGCAUGUAAAGAUUUUCUU